AUGCCUGCCUGGAAGUCUUUGUUGAGCGUAUUGGCUCUGGCCGGCUCUGCUGUAGCGUGCGCUCACCACGGCGAUACCGAGGUCGUGCCUGAGCAUGAGCGUGAGGAAUUGUUGAAGAAGUGGGAUCAGGAGUGGUCCUUCUCCGGCAUCGCCAGCUUCGCCCACCUGAAGCCCGUCAAGUGCCUCGUCGAACCCACCGAGCACUAUGACAUCGCCGUCAUCGGCGCCCCCUUCGACACAGCCGUGAGCUACCGCCCCGGCGCGCGCUUCGGGCCCCGCGCCAUCCGCGCCGCUAGCGCCCGCCAGAUGUCCGGCACCAGCUACAACACGCGGGCCGGGAUCAACCCGUACCAGUCGUGGGCCAAGAUCACCGACUGCGGCGAUAUCCCCAUCACGCCGUUCGACAACGGGCUGGCGGAGCGGCAAAUGUACGAGGCGUUCCUGGAGCUGGGGUCGCGGAAGACGGUCAACGCGGCGCCAAAAGGCGACAAGAGCAUUGGCGCGGGCCACCCCAAGCUCGUCACGCUGGGUGGUGACCACAGCAUUGCGCUGCCGGCGCUGCGCGCGCUGUACCAGAUCUACCAGAAGCCGAUUACGGUGCUGCACUUCGAUGCGCACCUUGACACGUGGAAUCCCGUGCGCUACUCGGCGUACUGGCAGUCGGAGCAGACGCAGUUCAACCACGGGAGCUUCUUCCACAAGGCGAGUCGGGAGGGACUGAUUUGCAACUCUACUUCUGCGCACGCGGGACUGCGCACCCGCUUGACGGGGGUUGAUGAUGGGGAUUAUACGAACCCGGGACCGGAGCAGGGCUUUAUUCGGGUUCAUGCGGAUGAUAUUGACGAGCUGGGUCCUAUGGGUGUUGUGGAUGCUAUCAUGCAGCGUACCGGUCUUGAUCCUGAGCAGCCGGUCUAUCUGUCUGUGGAUAUCGAUGUGUUGGACCCGUCGACUGCGCCUGGUACGGGUACUCCCGAGCCUGGUGGCUGGACGACUCGCGAGUUCAUUCGUAUUCUGCGUGGGCUGGAGAAGUUGAACCUCGUGGGUGCUGAUAUCGUGGAGGUUUCCCCUGCUUAUGACAACAAGGGUGAGACUACAGCGCUUGCCGCGGCCCAGGUUGCGUUCGAGAUUAUCACGAGCAUGGUCAAGUCUGGCGUUUCGGAGAACUUGGGCGGAUGGUAUGGCCGCAAGGACGAGAUUGCCGAGGCCUACGAGGCCAAGGUUGGCAAGGACGAACUGUAA